AGUCUAAAGUCGCUGCCCUUGUGUUAAACCAUUCACCUCGGCUCGGGCUUUUACCACGCACAGUUCACCCUCGACCUUCUCUAAAAAAAUACCCUCGGUCUCAAAUGUGAGAAGAAAACUGAGAUAUCUCUGAUUUAAACUCGAACAGGAUAAACAAUCCAAAUGGAUCCAUCAAGACGAAAUUUAUUGGAAUGCUCCAAGUGCAAAAAAACUUUCAAAACUAACCACGACUUCAAAAGACACGUCAAGACGCACGACCCCGGUGCCAAAGUGAAAUGCAAAGUCUGCGGAAAAAUUUCGAAGCAUCCGGCAACACUUUCUCGCCAUAUGGCAAACAUUCACGGUAAAAGGGACCCCUCAAUUUGCCACAUUUGUGAAAAACCUUUCUCAUCAUCUCAACAUCUGAAAAGACAUAUCAAUGAAAUCCACAGCACCGUGGAUCGACCCCGGAUGACCUGCAUAUUCCCCGGCUGUGAAAAAUCCUACCUUUGCAAAUACGAAGCUAUGAAACAUCAUAGAAUAGAGCAUUCGGAAAAUCCUAUUCAAUUUCCGUGCAUACUUUGCGGAAAAUGGUUUAACCUUAGGUCGAAACUUCACCAACACAUUCCCACCCACACAACGGAGAAGCCAUAUAAUUGUCCCAUUUGUGGGAGGAGUUUCCCCCACAAGGCGUCCAUGAAACGUCACGAGAAGACGCAUUUGGCGCAAUCUGACCGGGACGUGUUCCAGUGUGACGUCUGUCCUCAGACCUUCGUACGUAGGGAUGCUUUACAGCACCACAUCCGAGUUGUGCACGAAAAUCAAAGGAAUUAUCCGUGCUCUAUUUGUGGUAAAAGAUUCUCGGUAUCAGCCGAGGUGAGAAAUCACAUGGAGGCGAGACACUCCGCACACAAGGGGAAGAUUCAUUCCUGCGACAAAUGCGAGUACAAAAGUCACUCGAAAGCCUAUUUAGCUCGACACGUUAGAAAUCACAAAAUUGGGAAGAGGCACGAGUGUUACUUUUGCAGGAAGAAGGUUGCCAGUUUCCAAAUUUUGGUCAGACAUUGCAGUCGAUUUCAUACUCUUGAGAAGUAAAAUAAUAAAUCUGUUUCAAAAAUGGGUAUGGGUAUUAUGACCAUGCGAUUCAGUUGAUGCAUUGAUGAUUGAACCCUUUAAUUUAACUUGCCCGUAAUAUUUUAACGCUUUCCAAAGUUACAAUAAAAUUUAAAAAAUGU